AUGGCAGCGCUCGUAGCUGGACCUCCCCUUAUUCCUGCUCUUGAAAGAGCCUUGGGGAUUCGAAGCUUUUCGGAAAGCCGCGAACUGUACAACAGCUUACGCGACGAUGCUCAUCAACCUCCUGUCGCAAGCGAGCAUCUCCAGAACCUCGCUGCACUGUUCGUUCGAUACAAUGCUCAGAAUGCUCUGGGCGUUCAUCUGAUCCACGGCCAUUUCAAGAUACCUGAGGAUACCAUCUUGCUAGGCGCGGACUUUCAAGAACCCAAGGGUCGCUGGGCAAAGGUCACACAGGUCGAAACAAUCGAUCCUGCCACUGUCCAUGGACACAUGUUUGUCCUCAGAAAGGAUGGCGUGUGCGCGUAUGAGUACCAGGACGGGACAAUGCCCGAUCUUUCUGCUGUUGGGGAGGGUUUCUUGGAGGGUUUUGCUAAUUACCUGACUAUGAAUGAUUUGCAAGACCUCAUUGGCCUUCAGGUGCUCAGUGGUUGUGGCGAUCAUUCCAUGUCGGAGCUCAUUCUGGAUGAGGGGACUGUCAUGCUCGAGUCAUCAGCCUUGAAGGGGUGCACUCCAUCCAGGAUCACUGGUUGGAAGUUCGAGGUCAAUCAUGGGAACCCGCGUGUUUGCCAGGCAAACGAGACUCACUCAAAGAUGAAAACCGGUAACCACAAGGUCUUCAAUGCCGGCAAACCGCUUCCCAAGUUGGAGAGUGUUGAUGAUCUAAAGAUGGCUCUCACUGAUGCAGGCGUUAUUUAA